GUUCCCAACCCAAAUGCUCUCAGGCUUUAGUUUCAUGUCAGCAAUCUUCAUCUGCCUUCCAAAAAUAAGCCUCUGCCACCAUGCGGAAGGGAGAAAAACAAGAAGGGCGGUAUUUUUAGGGCCAUUAAUUCUGACCACGUGCCCAGGAGGUGAACCGGAUGGCCAUUGCACAAAGACUUCUCAUCACUAUGUCCUGCGAAGCCAGCGUUCACUGGACGUUGCCUGCUUUUGUUCUCUUGGGUUUUCUGGCUGGGAUUGUUUCAUCGUAUCCAGCUGUAAGCAGAACUAAUGGCACAUUGCUGGAGAGAGGAUGGGAGUCUCUGUUGUCCAGGUCCCUUGCUGGGAUGUCAGGAGAGAAAUCAGAUGUGAACUGGGAGAGUGACUAUUUGCUAGGAAUCAAGAGGCAGCGGAGGCUUUACUGCAAUGUGGGCAUCGGGUUUCACCUUCAAAUCCUCCCAGAUGGAAGGAUAAGCGGUGUUCAUAAUGAAAACCAAUACAGUCUUUUAGAAAUAUCAACUGUGGAGCGAGGUGUUGUUAGCCUGUUUGGGGUAAAAAGUGCCCUCUUUAUAGCAAUGAACAACAAAGGGAGGUUAUAUGGAACGGCAAUUUUUCAAGAUGAAUGCAAAUUCAGAGAAACGCUGCUGCCCAAUAACUAUAAUGCAUAUGAAUCUAAUGCUUACCAAGGGGCUUACAUAGCACUCAGCAAACAUGGGAGAAUGAAAAAGGGAAACAAAGUGUCUCCUGCAAUGACAGUGACUCAUUUUUUGCCCAGAAUAUGAAAACAAUUACAAAUAUUAAACCACAGGGGAAAAAAAUCUAUUUCAUUUUGCACAUGUGAAUAAUCUCCCAGGUAAAGUAUUUAUACUGUUUGUGGAUAUAUAUGUAUAUUUGGAUAGAGAAGUUUAUGCUAGAUCCAUUACACAACAUACGCUGCUUCUCUUGUACUCAGUGGACACCAAUCUGCAUGGGUGAGAGUUCUUGUAAUGGUUCUAUAGAGGACAAAAUUAUGACCCUGACUGGAGGGCAACACACAUCUGGAACUUGCUGAACAGAGAUACUUUUGUUGUUGUUGUUUGAUUUUAAUUACCUAAUAUAGUAGCCUUUUGAUUGAGAGUUCUUAUUGAUACAUAUAACGGGCCAAAUCCUCAGCUGGAUGGACUUCAAUGGAGCUACAUCAGUUUACACCAGGCUGCCCCCAAUGUAUAAAUAAUGCUGAAUCCCAAAGUCCUCACUCAGUUUUACUCACUAGGGCAUAGGUGCCAGAACUGGAGAUGUGGGAGGUGCUGUAGCAGCCCCUGGCUGAAAGGGGUUUCCAUUAUACAGGAUUUACAGUUUGGUUCACCAGUUUUCAGGACCCCCACUAUAAAAACUGCCCCAACACUCCUGCACUAGGACCUCACUCUCAGAAAUGGUUCCAGGUGAGCAAACUUUUUUGCUGACAGAAUCCCACAGACUUCACAGCGGCCUAACAAUUUGACCACCUGGACAUCUCUGCAGGAUCAGGAAUUAAGUCAGUUUGCUUGAGCCCUGCUCUACACUUAACAUUUAGUUUGACCUAGUUAUAUUGCUCAGUAGAUGUGAAAAAAUUCACUCCUCCUGAGCGCCAUAGCUAACCCAGCCUAACCCCUGGUGAAGCUGUGGCUAGGUUGACUGAAGAAUUCUUCCAUCUCCUUACCUAUUUUCACUCAGACAGGUGAACUCCAUUCUGUGUCAGCAACCUUCUACAACAAGGGAAGUGUCUAUACUAUGGCACUACAGCAACAUAGCACUGUAGCACCCAGGGUGUCACUGUAGCACUCAGGGUGUAGACAUGCCCUGAGUAAAAACUAAUCAUGAAUCUCAGGGUUUGGCCCCUCUGUAUUAGAGAUAGGCCUGAGCUGCAAAAUAUAAAUCUUGAGAUCAAGAUUUUGAACGUUUCAGCGUUUAGGAUCUUUUAUGUUAUGACUAUUCGGGCCAUCUCAUACAUACCCAUUGGUGUUUGUAUCUAAUUCUUCCACAUAAAAAAUUAUAUAUUACACACACCCACAUACACACAACACACUGCAUCUUGGUAGCUAUAUUUUUAAUGUGUCUGGCACCCUCGUAUCCAGGUGCCCACACAGAGAUACAUGCAGGGAGGUAAAUAUUUGAAGGUCCUCUAUUUUAUUUCACUUUCACUAUAGUGAUCUCAGAGUGCUGUAGUGUUUAGAUUUUAAAAUGUAUGGUGUUCACGGGAGCCUCCCACAAAGGAGUAUUUCAAAGAAAAUCUUUAUUUAAAACACUGACUGCCUGUCAUUCUGUGGAGUCAUUCUUAGACCCAAAUUAAUACUCUUUUGAUCGUUCUUAUUGUCAUAUUCUUUCCCUUAUCUCAAACAGCAGCUUUCAUGCUAUCCACAACGUUCUCUUUAGGCGCUACAGUGGAGGAAGUGAUGUCAUAAUUCCAAUUGGUAAAGAUAAACACUUAUUUACUUGCAAGGACUAUUUGCAAAUUUCAUGUGUUGUCCCCCAAACCUCUCCUAAAAAUACACACGAAGGACAUACAGCCCUGCCCAACUGUUUGCAUAACCUUUUUUCCAGAAUACCAGACGAGCCACAUUCUCUGUGCCUUUAAAGAGUAUUUUAAGAGGCCUUAAGUCAAUAGGUGCUAUAAAUGUCAGUUACUAGAAGCCUUGAGAUGCCUGCAUUGAUGGGGUGUUCCUAAAUUUGAAACUAGAGUCAAGACAGCAUCAGAUCAGGAGCAUUUUCCACAGACACACCAUGUUGCUGCAGAAGCAUAUCUCCGAAUGCAGGAUAAUCUCCCAUCUGCAACCAAAAUGCUGAAUAUCUCCAGCCUUGACAUGCCAUUCUAUUUGCAAUGGGUGUAUAUUUGUAAUGAAUGUGGGCCUUUUGACCUAUGAAGUACCCUGUAAAGGCCAGGUCCUGGACUGGUGUAAAUCAGCACCGCUCCAUUACCAGUUACACCAAUGUACACCAUCAGAGGAUUUGGUCCAAAGUGUGUCUGUGUAUGCAUACGUAUAUGCACACAUUUCAAGUUAUUGUGAAAACAAUUUUAUUGACAAGAAAUCAUUUUCCAUUUUCUUACAUGUGUUUUAUACUUGAAUUGAUUUUUCUCAAAAUGUAUACUGACUUGCUCAAACAUCUUUUAAUCAUUGUGUAAACAAAGACACAAAAGGAAGGAAACCCGACUUGGACAUUUGUAAUAAGGUAAAGGAAAAGAAUGAUUGAGUUGUGGAGUGCAGUAGCAUGGAAAAAGAAGCAGGUUGGCAUGCUGAAGACGGCUGCCGGGUCGGAAGCUAUUUGCUUUGGAAAGCUUUGCAUUGUUCAGAGGAAAAGCGGGAUGUUUGCAAGUGGGUCAGAGCACUGCUUAGAAAACAGCGGUUAGACCCCCAGCUGGCGUAAAUAGACAGAGCUCCAUUGAAGCCAGUGGAUUUAUGCUGAGACACCAGCGGAGGAGCUGGUCUAUUUUAUUCCUAGUUGUCUUGAAAGGACAGUUAAAGAGGAAUAGCAGUGUUAACGGAAAAAGAAGUAAUGUUUUGAAUGUUGAUACAUCAGCUAUAUUGGAUUACCCUUUAGCUCAGAUCUUGAUACACUGGGAGCAAAUUAGGUUAAUAGUUACACUGGUUUAAAUCAGGAGUAACAUCACUGAAGUCCGUGGCAUUACACAAGAAUACAACUGGCAUUCAAGAUCAGAAUCAACCCCAUUAACUUGGCCAUCAGUAACAUUACAGUACAUACUAGGUCAUGGACUAGUUACCGAUGGGCUGACCUGGUCUUUGUGACAGGCCCCCUGCAGGUGCAGUGUGGCUGGGUAUUUGUUUAUCUGGGCCAUCAAUGCUACUGAAUUAGUCUGAACACUAUUUCCUCAUAUCUUUUGCGGAGUCAGUGCCAGUGAAAACAGAACUUGUAGCAAAGAUACUGCAAUGGAGGGAGCACUGACCAGUGUAUGUGUGGUGGGUUAUGUCACUCUCAGAAGGGUUAUCUCCUGCAGAGGAUGCCUCAGUGGAGUUGCCUAUCCACUGGAUAAGCAGGCAUUUGGAGAGAGGCUUUGAUUGUGAUCCCUCUCUAACGUGUGGUUACAUUCAUAAAAGUGACUGUCAAAUGGCACUUGCUUAUUCAACAUCUGCUCCACAUGUGACUUCAAGUCAUGGGAUCUUACAUUACAGCCAAAGCCAAGUUUCACUGUUAUUAGCGCUGCAGAGCCAAAACAGCUGCAGGAGAGCAGCCCUGAUUUUGUUCUGCCUCAUGCAUUGUUUGCAGAAUUAGCAGCUGAAGUCCAAUGGACCCCUCCUACUUCACCAUUAGUAGGAAAGAGUCAGAGAGGACAGCUUACUUUGCAGAUCUCCAGGGGAGUUUGCAGAACAGGAAAUUAGAAAAGCUACCUACAAUUUAUACACAUUUUACAUAGAAGUUACUGAGAGAAUUUGGAUACAAUCUGAUAAAUCCUCAGUCACACGAGCAAGUCUUUACUGAAGUGAAUAGCACAAUAAGCUACUCCCAAGUUAAAAACUUAGGGGAAUAAAUGUUUUUGCAAUAUGGGGCAAAAUAUGGACCCCCUUUAUCAUUAUCAGGGCAUAUCCACACAGUGCCUGUUGCAAAUUAUUCUGAACCAUAUUACUUGUUCAGAAAUACUCCAUGCAUGAUGAUUACUGGCAUAUGUAGCUCUUGUUUUGUAUACACAUAACAAAUCCAUAGAAGAAUCCCAUAAAAUUGUUUUUCCGAUGGGAAAACCCCAUAACAACUUUGGACCUGAUCCAACUCCCAUAGAUGUUAGGGUCUCCUCUCUCGCUCCCUCAGAGCUGGAUCAGAACCUUACUUAUGUAAAUAAGAUGCCCCAUAUACACCCCAGGAAAGCUGUCAUCUUUGUAUACCUCAACUAUUUCAAUUCCAAUAUUCUAUUUUGCACAAUAAAAUGGUGCCAAAGUUCUAGCAUUAUUUUCUUGCCACCAAAAUAUACCUCAUCUUCUGACUCAGUUUGGACUUACAAAUAAGAUUGUAAAUUUGUGGGAAACACAAAACUGUCCAAUUAUUUAUAAAAUGUAAUUGCUUCUA